AGUCCGUCUUCGAAGGCAGGAAAGUAGGCAUUUAAUUUUCAAUGCGAAUCGUUCUUUCGACGAAUCAUUCUCUUGACAGAUUUGCUCAAAAACUCUCGCAAACUGAUUCAAAAUCAGCAUGAUCUGUGACUCAUUUCACACAUGUGUCGAGUCGCGGUCAGGAUGAGGCUCCGCCUGCUCAGCGGGCACUUCAGCUGACGCUCAAUGUAGCCCUUCUAACGUCGAUGUAUUCUGUCGGCAGACUCGUUCAGCUGACUCUGGUUAAGAAGAUAUAUGAGUGGUCAAAAUCAACGUCGGGUUUAAAAUUUACGCCAAAGUGGAACUGGUUGGGUGUUUUCGCAAUGGGUAAUUCAAGUGGGCACAAUACUAUGACUAUCCCGCCAGGAAAAGGACCCCACAAAGUGGGAUGCUCAGACCUGAUGGUGGGCCACACAGUACAUGGUACAUUCUUGAGACUCUACUAUCCCUGCCAAGCAUCCGAGAAUCCUCAGCUGCCAGACUGGGUCCCGUGCAGAGAGUAUUUCAACGGCCUUGCAGACUUUAUGAAGAUAAACAGAGCACUGAGUGAAAGAAUUUUCAACUACCUCUUUGGGUCUUGUAAAAUCCCAGCCGCAUGGAAUGCAUCAUUUAAACCGGACGAGAAAUAUCCUGUAAUUAUCUUCUCUCAUGGACUGGGAGCUUUCAGGUCAUUGUAUUCAGCCAUAUGUGUUGAACUGGCGUCGCAGGGCUUCAUUGUUGCUGCCGUGGAGCACAGGGAUGAAUCUGCCUCAGCAACAUUUUACUUCAGAGAACACAAUGAGCCAGGAACAAAAAGGCAUCCAUCAUGUGACAUCGCCAAGCCUGUGUCUGAUAAUCUGGAGGAGGUUUGGAUGUACUACAGGUUGCUGAAAACAGGCGAGAAUGAGUUUCCUCUAAGAAACAAGCAAGUAAAGCAAAGAGCAGAUGAAUGCAUCAGAGCCUUGGAUAUUCUCUUUGACAUUAAUUCAGGAAAGUCUGUGGAGAACGUCUUGCAGUCCAACUUUGAUCUGUCAACAAUGGAGAAUUCCAUGGACCUGUGUAGAAUAGCGGUUAUGGGACAUUCUUUCGGAGGCGCGACGGUGAUCGAAUGUUUGUGCAAGGAUGUCAAAUUCAAGUGUGGCGUGGCACUGGACACCUGGAUGUUUCCCCUGGACGAAGAGAUCUUCCCAGGAGUGAAGCAGCCAAUCUUUUUUAUUAACUCUGAAAAAUUCCAGUGGAUUGGGAAUAUCAUCCGAAUGAAGAAGCUGGACUCUGCCAUCAUUCCCAGAAAAAUGAUAACAAUCAAGGGGACAGUCCAUCAGAGCUUCCCAGAUUUCACAUUUCUUACCGGGAACUGGAUUGGAAGGCUCAUGAAGCUCAAAGGAGAGAUUGAUCCACAUAUAGCCUUGGAUCUUUCCAACAAAGCAACUUUGGCUUUUCUUCAACGCCACUUGUCUCUGGACAGAGACUUCAAUAAGUGGGAUCCUUUAAUUGAUGGAAAAGAUGACAACUUGAUUCAAGGAACCAAUAUUGUUAUACCACAAUCAUCUAUUUAAUCGAAUAACAUGAAAUGUGUAUCAGUUCAGUGAUUUUGUAAUGUUGCAAAUGCACAUGUAACAAAUAGAGUCAGAAGAUUACAUGAGGAAACGCCAAUCUAUUUUUGAAAUUUCAUAAAGGAAACUAAAUAUUGACUGCUGUGUAAGAGUACGAUUGACUUUGCACUAUUGAUUAGAUGGUUUUCUUAUGUAAAUUAAAUUUUUUCAAACGGGGCAAAACUACAAACUCUACAGGAUGACUUAUGGAAGGUACCAGCUACAUACAAAAAAAUUAACACUUCACCGUCCUGUUAUGUGCCUUAAUUUUUAGUUAUGUAAAGCAGAGGUUUUUAUAUCAAUGCAAUGCUUUCAAUGAAUUCUGUGACCGACGUUACAAGGAGGCAGUUAGCAGACAACCAAUAUUUAUAUAUGGUAUAUAUAAAUAUAAGUACCAUACUGUGAAAUGUAUUCCUCAUUGCCCAUUUGUGUUGCCCUAUAUUGAGAACAAUUUUAACAAGAUCAUCUCUGGAUCUGUAACUAAAACCUGUGAUUUCCUGAUUUGUAUGUCAUUGAAAUCAAUUUUUACACUACUAAUCUCUGGGGUUUUUUAAAAAAAUGCUAUUCUGUAGGAUUUCAUUAUCUCUUGAUUCCAGUAUAGCCACAAAAAUGCACAAGUUUUUUUCUUAUGUAUUUGUUUAUUAAACAGAAUAUUUUACCUUUGGUAUUUGUUUUUAUUUUCACUUAUACAAAAAGUCUGAAUAAUAACAUUAAGAAAUGUUCAUGUAAGUGCUGCACAAAAAGGGUGCAUAUUUAUUAAAGAAAAAUUAAACCAGUUACCACAAUGCAGCAAACUGCUUUUUCACCACAAAUGUAAACUUUUAAGAGCAUCUGAACAAAUAACAAAAUCCUUGGACAAAGUACAAUUUGGAAACAGUUUUAGAAAUCCAAUAAGGAACCCAAUGAAAGGCUGUGUAAUAAAUGGGAAGGAAAAACAAAACAAAA